AAAAAUUAAGAUGUGGUUCCCAUCUUUCGCUAUGAUCCUUGUUGUGGUAGCGUACGCGGAAGGAUAUUCCGUGGGUGCUCCCGAGAGCGCUUGCAAGGACAUGAUCCCAAGGCAUCCCGUUCCUCCUCAAAAAAUAGCCUCACCAUACAUCAUUACUACAAGCACCAAGGAAGUCAAGGCGGGUAGUUCCAUGCAAGUGACGAUUUCUGGUAAAACUGCUAACGACACUAUUCGCGGGAUUAUGUUGCAAGCGCGAGCUGGUGACAAAAUCGUCGGAACCUUCAAAGUAGAUCCCAAUCACCCUCUUGCCCAGACAAUGAACUGCGGCGUUGAUGGCGACACAGUAACACACAAGAAGCACGAGCAUAAGGACGACCAACAAACAGUGACUUUCACAUGGACUCCACCUGCUGACUUCAACGAUAUCAUCAAAUUCAGAGCUACUAUUGCUCUCAAUGGCGCCGUGUUCUGGGUAGGCGAAGAAUCCGCACCGAUAAAAGUGACGCAAUAAAUCACUAUAUGCUAGGAAUACUUACUUUUAUUAUGUAUAUCUUAUUUAUGUAUUCUUUAUAAUUUAAUUUGCUGUGAAGUAUAAUUUAUAUAAAAUAAAAAAGUUCAAUAAA